CGCCCCCGCCCCAGUCUUCGCGCUCAGCCCCGGCAUUAGGAGCAGCCCGGGCGGCGGUGCGAACGGCCUCGCCAUGUCUGCGGCCGCGCGCGAGAGAUUCGACCGGUUUCUGAAGGAGAAGAACUGCAUGACCGACCUUUUGGCCAAGCUCGAGGCCAAGACCGGCGUGAACAGGAGAUACAUCGCGCUCGGUGUCAUUGGGCUGGUGGCUUUGUAUCUGAUGUUCGGUUAUGGAGCUUCUCUCCUCUGCAACUUGAUAGGAUUUGGCUAUCCGGCCUACGUCUCGAUUAAAGCCAUAGAGAGUCCCAACAAAGAAGAUGAUACCCAGUGGCUGACCUAUUGGGUAGUGUAUGGUGUGUUCAGCAUUGCUGAAUUCUUCUCUGACCUCUUCCUGUCAUGGGUCCCCUUCUACUACAUGCUGAAGUGCGGCUUCCUGUUGUGGUGCAUGGCCCCAAGCCCUUCUAACGGGGCGGAACUGCUGUAUAAGCGCGUCAUCCAUCCUUUCUUCCUGAAGCAUCAGUCCCAGGUGGACACUAUGGUGAAUGACUUGAAGGACAAAGCCAAAGAAACUGUAGAUACCAUCACUAAAGAAGCCAAGAAAGCAGCAGUGAACUUACUUGGUGAAGAAAAGAAGAGCACCUAACUGCUGACUGGAUGAGACCUUUCUGCCCUCUCUGUACCUGCCUAUUAGCGCUUGAUGUUAUAUUAGGGACUGUGGUAUAAUCAUUUUAAUAAUGUUGCCUUGGAAACAUUUUUGAUAUAUUAAAAAAAGGAAUGUGUGUUU